UGGGACCAGGGCUUCAGGAGGACGCCAUGGCCGGGAGGUUGUGGUGCAAGGCCACUUUUGCUGGCUACAAACGUGGCCUCCGAAACCAGCGGGAGCACACUGCCCUCCUGAAAAUUGAAGGUGUUUAUGCCCGUCAAGAAACAGACUUUUACUUGGGCAAGAGGUGUGCCUAUGUAUACAAAGCUAAAAACAACACCGUAACUCCCGGUGGCAAGCCCAACAGGACACGAGUGAUCUGGGGGAAGGUAACCCGCGCCCAUGGGAACAGUGGCAUGGUUCGUGCCAAGUUCCGCUCCAACCUUCCUGCCAAGGCCAUUGGACACAGAAUCCGGGUGAUGCUGUAUCCAUCUAGGAUCUAAAUUUUUAUUGGAAAUAAAAUGGAGAAUCUCUUUAAA